CAUCCUUGUGACCUAUGACCUUGCCACCUGGACAUUCACUGCUGGCUGUUCGCCGACUAGAUCUUUCGCGUUUUCGACAACUUGGGGUACCUCUCUUCCUGUUUUCAUCGUGAAAAGCAUGGCCGUCUCCACGAGUAUCUCCUUCCUGCUGGCAUCUUUGCUGGCCGUUUCCACAUUUGCUGGCAUGCAGAUGUUCAAGGGGCAGCUGGCCUCGUCAGAGUGGAUGACAAUCCUGGGUGGUUUCCUGGGCUCUGUCUUCUUUUCUCUCACCUUGACUGCCGUUGGGAAUCUAGAAUCUUUGCUGUUCGGGAAAGGUUUCCAGAUGAAGCUUAUCCCCGAAGUGGUCCUGUGCCUCGGCAUCGCCAUGUUUGCUUCUGGGCUUGUUCACCGGGUGUGUGUCACCACAUGCUUCAUCUUCUCCCUGCUGGAUCUAUAUUACAUCAACAAGCUGGCCCAAACCAAGUAUGCCCCAGCAGUGUCAGUCCAACAAACAACGGGAAAGAAGAGAAGAUAGAAUCAUCAGCUCCCAGCCUUGAGCUCCUCUCUCCUCUUUGCAUGAAAUUUCUCAACUGUAGGGUUGUCUUUAAACUCCACUUGUAACUUCACAUUUUCAAAUCAGGAUCAUACACUGUACGGUCAUUCAUGUGCUCAUCCAUUUGUACCAGAGACUUCGAGAAUUACCUGUUUCCAUUGGUGAAUGCUCAUUUACUUUUCUAAAAGGCAACAGCUGAGACACCAGGGCUAUUUUAAGUCGGAGACCUAGCCUUAGUUAUCCAAGACCAACACCUCACUAUUAACCUCAAGGUAUUUUAAGAAGGAAGCUUGGCGAGUCGUCCAAGGCCAAUGUGGCGCCAAACCCCAGUGGCAUAGUUAUCCUUCUGACACAACUUUAAACAAAAACAGGACCUCAACAAAGUGGAAUAUAAGGGUUGUUAGACUUCAUUUGCAUUUGGCUGGAUUUAGGAUGGGUUGUGUUGUUCCAUCAGCUAGAUUCAAAUCAAAAUUCUAACAUGGCUCCCUGUUGAACAAUAAUUGUCUGGCAUUUACAAAUUCGAUUUCAAAACUUGUUUGUCAUUACUAUUUACACAUUCGCCUCCCAGUAUUGCAAUUGUGCAUUGUGACUUUGCUGGAUAUUUUUGUGUUGGUUAUACAUGUAGGAUGUGAAAUAAAAUGUCCUAACACUUAAAAGCUAGGAAGGUAACAGUUUUAUUUCAUGAGGCCUUUUUGGUGUUUUCUUUUGCAUUGAGAAGAAAAUGAGUUUGUUUCUCCACUGUGGCAUCAUUCCGAUCUUGUGGUCCUUAAUUUCGUAGUUGAUCUGAUGCUUACUGGGUUGGGUCAUAUUCCGCACCCUGUAACUCUCAUGGAGAUCAACAUGGCUUGAGGCAAGACUGGCGUGCACGAUUCAGACACAGAAAGGCCUACUUUAAGGAGUAGAGUACUAAACUCUUAUUGCUUAAAUGUUUCACCCCAAUCAGAUUGGAGAGAUGCAGUCCUUUUUGACUCCAGUCGUGUAAUUCUAAGAACCACUUCCCAUCUUGGUUUUCAUCAGAAACAUUUUCUCAAAGUUUUGGAUUCAGUGAUCAAUAAACAUUCUUAAUAACCGGCAAAAA